UGGGUGAAGGAGAGAGAGAGAGGGAGAGCGCGGUUGAACGAGAGCCAACUAAGCGGCGAGGCCGUCUGGGGCAGGGGGGGCGGCCUUCAACCACUGCCGGCGUCCUCGCGAAAGGCUAUCGGCCUCCAGCAUCCCCACUGGGGAGAGGAGGCAGGCAAGUGAGGCGGCGACGCAAGCAACUUCCGUCCUGCGCCCCUUUUCUUCUGGUUCUCCGCUUUAUCUCAGCGAGAAACAUGACAACUGAAAAGAGUUUAGUGGCAGAUUCUGAGACUCCUAAACAGCAGCUCCCAAAAGAGGAGGAGGUGGUUGCUGAAACUGGUCCCCAGGAAUCUCUUCUGGAGAAAGCACCUGAGGGGGAUAAUCCAUCCAAGAAGAAGCUGAAAGCAUCUAAUGGUGACACACCCACCCGAGAGGAUCAGAGUAGGAACAAAGAAUGCAGUUCUGAAACUCGUGGCCUGUCACGCUUAUUUUCAUCACUCCUCAAGAGGCCCAAAUCUCAGGUAUCAGAAGAAGAAGGCAACGGGGCAGGAACAAAAGAACCUGGUGAAGAACACCAGAAAGAGACUGAUAUAGAAGUUGAUCUCGAUGAAGAGAUUUUGCUGAAAGCCCCAAUAGCAGCUCCUGAACCUGAACUUAGGACUGAUCCAUCUUUAGAUCUUCACUCACUCAGCAGUGCAGAAACUCAGCCUGCUCAAGAGGAUAGGAGAGAAGAUCAGGACCAAGAUCCAGAGGACAUAAAUCUUGAAAUUAAGGAAAAAGAACAGGUGGAGUGUUCCAAUACAGGUGAAAAGAAAGAAAACAGGGGAAAGGUGGAAAAAGAAUUAAAGAGUGCUUCCAAAACUGUAAAAAGACCCCGAAAUAGCAUGCAUUGCAAGAUUACCUUACUGGAUGAUACAAUUUUUGAGUGUUCUGUGGAUAAACAUGCCAAAGGACAAGAUCUUCUUAAGAAAGUAUGUGAUCAUCUCAACCUUUUGGAAGAGGACUAUUUUGGACUGGCCAUAUGGGAUACCCCAAUAUCAAAAACAUGGUUGGAUGCUGCCAAAGAAAUAAAAAAGCAGGUUCAUGGAGGUCCAUGGAUUUUCACUUUCAAUGUCAAGUUUUAUCCUCCAGACCCAGCACAAUUAACAGAGGAUAUAACAAGGUAUUAUUUGUGUCUCCAGUUAAGAAAAGAUAUUAUUAAUGGGCGGCUUCCUUGCUCCUUUGCUACGUUAGCUUUGCUGGGUUCCUACACAAUCCAAUCUGAGUUAGGAGACUAUGAUAUAGAUCUACAUGGUGCAGAUUAUGUCAGUGAAUUUAAACUGGCCCCAAACCAGACAAAAGAACUAGAAGACAAGAUCACAGAAUUACAUAAAACAUACAGAACUAUGAGUCCAGCUCAGGCUGAUAUGGAGUUUCUUGAGAAUGCUAAAAAGCUGUCGAUGUAUGGAGUUGAUCUUCAUAAAGCCAAGGACUUAGAAGGUGUAGACAUCACACUAGGAGUAUGUUCCAGUGGUCUUCUUGUCUACAAAGAUAAAUUGAGAAUCAACCGUUUUCCUUGGCCCAAAGUGUUGAAGAUCUCUUACAAGCGCAGUAGCUUUUUUACUAAGAUCCGGCCUGGUGAGCAUGAACAAUAUGAAAGUACUAUUGGAUUCAAACUUCCUAGUUAUCGAGCAGCUAAGAAAUUGUGGAAAGUCUGUGUUGAACAUCACACAUUUUUCAGAUUAACAUCAACUGAAGCGCUUCCCAAGAGCCGAUUCUUGGUGCUGGGUUCUAAAUUUCGCUACAGUGGCCGGACACAAGCUCAGACCAGACAGGCUAGUGCCCUCAUAGAUAGACCUGCACCACAGUUUGAACGAACAGCAAGUAAACGUGCUUCUAGAAGCCUUGAUGGUGCUAAACGUGGCUCUCAAAAAAUUCAGUUCAAACUCGUAGAGGAGGAGAAGCAGGAGGAUGUGGUGUUGGUUGGGGUUCCAGAAUCAGAACCUGUGGAACAAUUUCAGGAGAAGCCAGCAGUAGCAGUGGUUACACCUGAUAGAAGCCCGCGGCCUACAUCUGCACCAGCUAUUGCUCAGAGCCAUGUUACUGAGCCAACUGUACCAGCCGUAUCUGUCAGCAAAGAACCUGCAGUUCUUAAAAUUGAAAAGGAAACAGUAAAAAAAGAAGUAAAACUUGAAGGAACUUUGCAAGAUAAAGCCAAAACAGAACCAGCUGAAGGAUUUCAGGUGGGGAAAACGCAUAUCAAAAUGUCAAUACCCAGCACAAAUGGCGACCAAAAUCAGCAGCGUGCAGAAAAAGAGGAAGACCCGAUAAGAAUGAGGAAGAAAAGAUCAAAGAGACUAGAUGGUGAAAACAUUUAUAUAAGACAUAGCAAUUUAAUGUUGGAGGAUCUAGAUAAAACCCAAGAAGAAAUAAAGAAGCAUCAUGCUAACAUCAGUGAACUGAAGAAAAACUUCAUGGAAUCUGUUCCUGAGCCACAGCCAAGUGAAUGGGACAAACGCCUCUCUAUUCAUUCUCCUUUCAGAACGCUUAACAUCAACGGACAGAUUCCCACAGGAGUAGAAGGAGUCAAGAAAGCCACAUUUCAGCCCUGUGAGAGACAGGUUGCUGGGCCAGAGAGUGUGCGUGACUGUCCCUUCAAAGAGGAUGCAGAUGAUGUGACAGAGGGGAAAAAUAUUACCUCUCACUUUGAAUGGGAGGUCUCAAAGCAUUCAGUAGGCUUUAGUGAGAGCCAGAUGUCAGCCACACUGGAGUCUACACAAAUUCAUGAAUCAGACUCCUUUUCAAUAAGCAGCAAGGAGCAGAAAGAGGAGGGUGCCACUGCUCUUCUUGAGAGCAAGGAAGAUCUAAAGUGUGAAAAGGGAUUUUACUCAAAUAUGGAAAAGGAAGCUGAGGAUUCUAAACAGGCUGAGGUGGAAAUAUCUGUAAUCCCUGUUUCACCUCCAUUGUACCUCCAUGAGCAAGAGGAGGAAGCUUGUGGUGUUGAAGAAACAAAAUUAAUCUGCGAGCCACUUAGAAAGCUAAAUGGAGAAUAUUACAAUCCAAAUGUUGAUCAUGAAUUUCCUGCUCUCAUUCGCUGUUUCCAGCCCCCCCUUGUGAAAACUCAGACCGUUACCAUCUCUGAUGUGUCUAAUACUGUGAAAAGUGAAAUUCCAACUAAAGACGUUCCAAUUGUUCAUACAGAGACCAAGACUAUAACUUACGAAGCUGCACAGAUUGAUGAUAGCAGUGGGGAUUUAGAUCCUGGAGUUCUCCUUACUGCUCAGACUAUCACUUCAGAGACUACCAGCAGCACUACAACCACACAGAUAACGAAGACUGUAAAAGGUGGAAUUUCAGAAACACGAAUUGAAAAACGAAUUGUCAUCACAGGAGAUACAGACAUUGAUCAUGAUCAAGUUUUAGUUCAGGCCAUCAAAGAAGCUAAAGAGCAACAUCCAGAUAUGUCUGUAACCAAGGUCGUUGUUCAUCAAGAGACUGAGAUUGCAGAAUAAAUAGUUUAUACCAGGUGAUGCCUGUUUCAUUCUUUGAACGCCACCCAAGAUAUACCAGCAGAACUACAAAGAAACUUUCGAACACCAUGACCUCAAACUUGCCAGAUUUAUUCUCAAUUACACAUUUUAUCAUUUAUUGUUAGGAAGUUGUGCUUUUUGAUGUUUUGGGGAUUCUCUUUAAUACUAUAUGUCCCUUUUCAUUGGUUUUAAUAUUGUGACUGACAAUUUGCCAUAUUUUACAUGUGCUGAUGUGCUUUUUUUAAAAAAAAUUUUCAUUUCCUUUUCCUAUGCCAUUUUCUGAAUCUGUAUUAUGAUGUCAAAAAGAGUACAUAGGGCUUAUCAAAAAAAUGUUGCCUUUAAGUGUGAUGCUGUUCACCUUUCUGUUCCACAAGUAGCUUGCGUUCUCUCCUACCUUUUGAAUAAGUUACCGUGUGGCAUAUCAGUGACUUAGAAGUAGCCCCUCUUGUCAGAAAAAUCAUUGUGUGCAAAACUUUAAUUUGAUUGACUGAUCUAUAAAAUGUCCAGAGUAUCCUAACCAGAGCAUACUUUGCCUGUGGAUUUCCUUCACUUUUAUGGAUAUGUCUGUCUUUAGAUGCUUGAACAUAUCCCGAGGUUGUGGUGUUUAUAUAAGUAAUUCAGUAGUUGCCUAGGUUCAGGGACAAUGGAAGUUGCUUUUUAUACUGUGAAUUGUAGAGCUUUUAAAUGAAUUGUGGCAAGGCAUUCAACUCUCAUCUGCUCUUUUCUCCCUCCACCUUUGCUUUGCUUUACAGUCCUUAGGUGUUCCUUGUAAUUCUGUCUGCUGUUUAGCCCCAUUAAGCUAUGAGACUAAGAGUAAUAGACCCUGAACACAAUUAAGUUAGGCUAUGAUUUAUCAUGUUUUUUCCUCCCCCCCCCCCAGUCAUUUGUAGGUUUGGGUGGAGGGUUUUGUUUUGUUUUUUGUUUAUUUUUUGUGCAAAGGGGGGCAAGAGGCAAAUAAAGAUUUGAAAUCAUACAUUUUAAACAAAAGCUAAACUUAGAGCACUGGCAAUAUAUCGGGAUAAGGGGUAUAAUUCCUAUAUAGUUGUUAAAAACAAUCUGGCAUUCCUUUCAUGAAGAUAGUAUUGAAGGCUAUCAGUCAGAAUAGGGUCCUGUUUCCUCAGUGAAAAGUUAUUUGAAGAGGAAAUAUAUUAAUUGCCACCAGACAAUACUUUUUGCAAGACAGUACUAUGUCGUCCUUCUUGGGGGCAACCCUAACCACAGUGCACUGGUGUGGUAUCUCUCUCUCUUGUUUCCUUUAGAUCAUUUAGAUCAUCAAAAAAAAAAAAAAACCCCAAGAAACCAUGAACAGAGGUUAUUGCACUUGGUAAAUUACACCAUUAGCUUUUUCACUAUUAACAUUAGAAUGAAAACAUAGAAUUCCACAUCAGUUGCUGUCCUCAGCCCCUUAAUAUCAUCUAAGGAACUAUAUUCAGAGAAAGAGCAACAAGUAAUUUAUGAAAGGGGUCAGUGGGAGUUUUUUUAAAAAAGAUAAUACUGACUUUACAUUACUCUCAAACAAAAGACAGAUAGGACUACUCUUUUUUAAAAAAUACUUCACUUUUCUAGGAGUAUUGCAAUCUGUCUGUUCAGUGAUUGGACUCCAAUUUGAAAUUCCCGUAAAUUUCAAAAAUAGGCCAUUACUUAUUGGAUAGUUCUUUUUUCCUAAAAUAUGUGAAGGCUUUGUAAAGAUACAACAGGAAACAGUUCUACCUUUUCUUAGAAGAACUCAAUUUCCGUAAAUAAAAGCUUUCAUUUACUAUUUGGCAUAAUGCUACUUGUCAUAUUGCAUGUUCCUUUCCCUCUCAAAUGUGAAGUAUUUGUAACAUUUUGAAAGUGUUUUCAGAUGGAAUGCUGUUUGAUCAAUUUUGCUUUAUUAUGCUCUGGACAUUACAUCAUGUUUCCAAUGAAUGCUGAUUGAUGCCAGAGGGAAACCCAUUUGGAAACAGAUUCCCCCCCUUCCCCUCCGCGGAAAAUAAACAGGAUUGCAUUGUAAUAGUAUUAAUGAAAGUAAUUGUGAAAGCAGUAGAAUAAGUUUCCUAACAAUAUUACAAUGAACUAGAAUAAACUCUGGGCACUUAAUGUAUUUAUUACAAAACUAGCUAUUUAUUGUGGUAGACAACUAAUUGGAACACUUUGGUGCAAAAUAUUAAUAUUUCUGCUGCUUUUACUGAUGUUUUAUUCAAAGUAUAAAGCAGUUUUGAAAGAAUUCUAUUAUGGAAUUCUAUUACGAAGCUUGUAUUCCGUAGAGUUUCUAAGGACAAGUUUUGCCCUUUCACCAGCUGUAACUGAGCAUGAUUUUUAUACACUAUGGAUAGCUAGCCAAUGAAGUUCUGUUCUGUUUAGCUGACUCUUGCAUGGAAUGUAAAUCCCUCAUUAAAAGAUAUUGCCUCUGCAAUAAUAAGGGGAAUGCAUUUCAGAUUGUACCUCUUCCUGGCCUUUCCAUCUAUUGUCCUCCCAUUUUCACAGUUUUCUACUGUCUUACUUUUUGACCUCCAUUUUCAUUCAUGCAGCAAGAUUAAUUUCAUUGAUUCACCAUUUUUGUGUUGUGCAAUAGAUGACUUCCAACUUUCCUUUUUCAGAUUUUUAGCUUAUUUACUAAAAGUAUGUGAUGAAAUCUGAAUAGGUGUUGCAUUAGACUGCAAUAAGGAAGCCCAAGGUGGGAUAGUAUAUCUGCAUUGUGUAAUUUCUUGCCUCCUUUUACAAUAAUCAGAAGCAAAACAAUGUUCAUUUAGCAGUUUGUGUAAAUAUUUAGGAUUAUGUUUUCCUAAAUAUUACUUAGGAAUAUGUUAGUUUCAAGAAAUGCUCAAAAUCACAGGACCAGUGUGAGUGGAAAAGAUGAAGAACUAUUCUAGUAGGUAAAAGGAUAAAGAUUGCAACAGGGCAACAAGAUGUAUCCCUGAAAGAAAAGUAAGGGUUAUUCAAAUUUCCUUUUUUUUCUUUUUGUUUCUAUAUAUUUAUUAGCAAAGCAAUUUGAAUUCAGGAGUUUAAUAAAAGUUCUGCUUUCCUACUCAACGGCCAGAUCUAAGAUUCCCACCUUCCUUUGAGUAUGCCUGAAGAUAAAAGCAUUAUAAAGCAAGAAAAACGUCACAUUUUUGCAGAUUAAGUUGAUUUACAUGAUAUACAUCAGGGGUGGCAACUUUAAGACUUGUGGACUUGUAGCUGGGGAAUUCUAAGAGUUGAAGUCCACAAGUCUUAAAGUUGCCAAGGUUGAAUAGCCCUGAUAUAUGUAAAUGAGUGUGCUGUUUUCAUGUUAUGUUACUCUGCUUCUGAUUAUUGUAAUGAAACAUAAAAAAAAACCCUUAACAAUACACAUAUACACACCUUCCUUUGACUGGCAGUCUAAUUGUGCAACAACUCUUUCCAGCUUUUAUUACCUAUUGUCCAUAAACUAUAAAACUAAACUUCAUAGCAGCAAAGGCUGAAAGUGUUUAAGCGUCUUCUUAAACUUCUUAGGAAUGUGAAUCUUGGGGCUGCUGCCACAUGGUGAUUAUUUUCUUUUCUGAAAUUCCUUCCCGCAUACAGUGUGAAUCCAUUCUCUUUGCUGUGAAGGGGGUUUCUGUUUACCAUCUGAGCUUAAAAAUUGGCACUCUUGCUGGCAGCCUUUGUAACUGAACAAGAGUUGUGAGUUUGUUUCCUCCUGACUACUUAUAUCCCACAAGUGAGCAAUAUUUUAUUUUGUAUAGCCAAGCAUGCUAGAGAAAUAAAAAGGAGCUAAUAAAUCCUUUUAAAAUGCAUUUGCCAAGCUAAUUUAACUUUCCAUAGCAGACACAAUGAAAAUAAUUUAGUUUUAGGGUACCAGAGACAUGUUCUGAACUGCCUACAAUAGGGAUUUUCAUGUUUUGACAAGGAAAAGCAUUUGUAGGCUGUUUGUACUCACAAUCUCAGAGCUGCCACCAUCACCUUAACAGAUCCCAAAAUAAACCAGCUUCUAGCAUUCUCAUUUUCUGGGGACCAGCACUGCCAUUACUGGAGCAGUAAAUAAAAUAUAGUCUAUUUAUUUAUAAUGAUGAAAUGACUAUGCUCCCAGUUAUUUCCUUCCCCAUUUAUGAGAUUAUCUAGAAACUAUCUUAACUGUAUAGUAAAUGGAAGCUAGUUAUCUAUGAAUGUGUGUACAGAAGGAAGAGCAGCAGUAUCCAAAUUGGUCCAAUUAGAAGGAAAAAAAAUAGAUUUUCAUUUGCCAACUAUUAAAGUACAAAUUAACUUUGGGGACUCAAGAAGGGUGUUGGGGAUUCAUAAACUUGUUUUUUUUUCCAUUUUCAUAUAAGGGGCAGUUUUUUUAAAAAAAUGUAUUCUAAUUACGGGGGUUGGUUCUCUUUUUUACACAUUAAAUCACACUAUUUCACUGCAGAUAUGAAGGAGCUUUGUAAAAAUUUUUAAGACAAUUGUAUAGAAUAGUUCGUUCUUUUUUAAAAAUAGGAACAGAAUAAACAAUUAGCAAAUCUUUAUAGUUUAUGUAGUUGUUAUCUUGGACUUUUGUAGUUAAAGGAAAAUUAGAUGUAGCAUUUAGAUAUGUGUUCUAUCUUGUAUUGCAUUUUUCAAUAAAUUUUCAGGUAAAAAAU